AUGGCGACAACACACGCACCACCUUCUGGCGAGGACAACAUCUCGGACCCGUCCGCCAUUGCUUACAUCUCGCCCAACGAUGAGCCCACGCCGACUGACAAGGCUGGCGCGGACGCGCGCAAGGCCAACUCGCAGGACCCUGCUCAUGUGAUGAACUUCGGCAACUUGUCUCUCGGUCACCCAUUGGCGUCGCACCAGGAGGUCUUUCUCGCUGACCUGCGAGUGCAUGUGCACGGACUCGCUGAGAUCGAGGGCUCGACGAAACCGGUCGCCGUCGUCCUGCUCGCACACGGCUGGGCGAACAAGGCCGCGCAGAUGGGUGCGAUGGCCAGCGGAUUGAUCGGCGAGAGCCGCCGGCCAGGCGCCACGCACGACCUGCUCGUUGUCUGCCUCGACCAGCGCAACCACGGGCAGCGCCGCGUUAACCCCAAGUGCAUGCCGAGCUAUCGCGACGCGAUGCGGCCAGCAGACAUGCUGACUGUCGUCCAGGGCGGCGUCCAGGACUACACAAUGGUGAUGGACUUCCUGCCUUCCUACCUCUGGCCCACCGACGAGCGAACGGUCGACCGCUGGAUGGUCUCCGGCGUCAGCAUGGGUGGGCACGUCAUGUGGCGUAUCCUGCGCAGCGACCCGAGGGUGCGCGUCGGUGUGCCCAUCAUCUCCAUCCCGCCGGAGCGGCUCGGUACGCUACUCACGAUCGCGAGCGAACGCGAGGGGCUUCUGGGCACAAAGGAGAAGCCUCACCCGCGAGGAGUGAGGGAGGGGUACGCCGAGCCAACUGCCCCAGGGGCCUACAGGGGCAAGAAGAUCCUCUGCCUCUACGGAUCAGCGGACGCCAUGGUUCCCUACGCUCUCGGCAAGAACAAGCUGAGGGAGAUCAUGCAGGAGAACCGCGGCGACGUCCAGUUCUGGAUCCAGCCGGACAUGGGUCACGUCUGCUCGCAGGAGAUGGUUAAGAAGGCUGCGGACUGGUUCUGGGAAUACGGACUCGCACCCGAGGCCGACGCCGUUUGGCGCGGCGUGCCCGCUGCGGCCAACCUCUAA